AUGGAACAGAAAGAGCGAUUGGUAACACUGUCUAGCCAACUGGAAUUCAAGAGCAAUAUCAGAGCUGUCGGUACGGGCAGUCGAGAACUCUACAAGGAAGGAAACCUCAAACUAUUAGAAACAUCCAAUUUACCAAAUGCUGCUUUCAGGCGCAAAAUUUCGGAGGCCAUUAAAAAUAAACCUGUUCAGGUCACAUUAUUCCUCUUCAGUGAUAUUCUUCUUAUUGCAAAGAGAAAAGGAGAAAAGUAUCUGGUUGAAGAUAUUAGUCCAAUCGAAGAUCUUUCCGUAACAAUCGAAGCACUUCCAGAAGAAGAUAUGAUCAAAAGGACGGAAUUGAAGACCAAAGAGAAUCCAGACGAUCCAUUCUACAUCCGACCAAAUAUCAAACCCGAUCGAUCGGUGUCCGUGCGAACGUCGCGAGAGAUACCACGACAGGUCAGUACCGGUCCCUUCCGUGAACGAUCGCGAUCACGAGGUGGUUCUGCGCGUCACCUUCAUAUGACAUCUGCUACAACGGGCGAAGGUCAGUCAUCAAGCCCGGAUGGAGGGAUCGGGUUCACUGGAUACCCCUUUAUACUCACAUUCCAAUCCACGAACUUCCAGAUUGUAGAUUAUCACUUUUUAUGUGAUACACUAUCUCAACGAGAACGGUGGGUGGAUGCACUUCAGCCUGGAUAUUACAGUGUACCACCAGAAAUCAGCUACGAUACUUGGGAUUGUCCUCAAGUCAUUGCGACAAUCAGCUAUGGAGCUCAAGAAAGAGACGAGUUGGAUGUCAAGGAAGGCGAUUUGAUGAACGUAAUUGUCGAAUUAUCUGACGGUAAGAAUACUUACCCAUUUAUAAUCUGGCCAAGGUUUGAAAGCCGUUAG